GAUUGCGCCCGCCUCUUGAGGAGGCCUUAUACCACCGCAAUUGGUUUCAAGGGCCAAAUCGUGAAUUUGACAUCAUAAUAAUACGACUACUCCAUACGCAAGUGUAACACCUAGUCCAUAACGGACAAGGACUAGUCCAAAACAAAGCCAAAUGCAUUGAGAAACCUAACCGAUUUAACAAUACGAUGUUCUAGGAUUGGAUUUUAAAAUUUGGCGCGCGAUUUAUGUUCUAGUUAUAGGGCGGUUUCUGGCCUUUUUUAGGUAUCUUUGGAAUAGAAAGAAUUUAUAAACUUCGGCAUAGUUGAGGCCUUCAAAAGAUUUCUGUUUGAUAGAUAUUCUCCUGAUAUCCCCGCUCACAAUGUCUAGGAAAAUCAAAUAUGUUUACAGUGAUUAUCUCUUGGCACAGGCCGACAAGAAUCCAGCCGUCAAAGGAAGGGCUUCUUUAACCCACAACCUCAUCAAGUCCUAUGGCCUUCUAUCACACAUGGAACGAAUUAGGCCCGUUGUGGCCAAUUCUGGUGACCUCAAGGCUUUUCACAAUGCCGACUAUGUAAAGCAGCUAAAUAACUAUGAAGAUUUAAGCAAAGAAGACAAGAAAAUCCAAGAUAAUUCCUACAGAGAUGAUGAUGAUCAUGAAGAAGAUUUAGAAGAUUGUCUUUUAUCAGAUUGCCAUGGUUUGUGCUAUGAUUGUCCGCCAUGGCGAGGGGUAAAGGAUUAUGUUUAUGCCAUUGCCGGGGCCACAAUGACAGCCUGUGAUACGGUCUGUAAAUCGAAAGAUAGCAAUGAUAUUGUUAUUAAUUGGUGUGGUGGUUGGCAUCAUGCCCAAAAGGGCCGGGCAGCUGGGUUCUGUUAUGUCAAUGAUAUUGUUUUGGGUAUUCUUGUGUUGACCACAAAAUUUCGCCGGAUACUCUAUGUCGAUUUGGAUAAUCAUCAUGGAGAUGGCGUUGAGGAAGCCUUUGCCUCCACACGCCGUGUAUUUUGUCUGUCGUUUCAUCAAAUGGAAUGCGGUUAUUAUCCUGGUAGUGGCAGUUGCAAGGAUAUGGGUCGGGACAAUGGCUUGGGAUAUACAGUUAAUUUUCCCUAUAAAAGGGGAAUAACAGGCGAUAAAUAUAAGACAUGUUUUAAGAGAAUCUUCUCUGCCGUGUACAAGGCCUUCAAACCAAAUGUCUGUGUUGUCCAAUGCGGUGCGGAUGUUAUAGUGGGCGAUCCCUUGGGUGGCUCGAAUUUGAUACCACAAGAUUUAAUAGAAUGCAUUAGAGUUAUAUUAGACUAUCCCGUACCCUGUGUAUUCUUGGGUGGAGGGGGCUAUAGUCUGGCCAAUUCCAGUCGGUAUUGGUGCCAACUAACAGCUGAGUUAUGCGACGAAACGCUUGAAGAUGAUGUUCCUAGCGAUAAUGAAAAUUUCCUAAAAUAUGGACCAGAUUAUAGUUUAAAUAUCUCCGCAAUGCCAACAUUAAGAGAUGAAAACUGUGAAGAUGAUUUGGAGCAACAAUGUAGAACGAUAGAAGAACAUUUGGUUUUGUAUCAAACUCAUGCGAUUUAGAAGCAAGAUAAGGUUAUUGUUUGGCCUCAAAUUGGAAGAAACAACAUUUUGAAUUAAAAAAGCUCUUAACUUUUAAAGACAGCUUAUAUCCUAACUGUUUUAUUCCCAUAUCCUCAAACCCAAUGGAACUCACAUGGAAAUUUCAAUCCAGAAAGAAAAAAAUUGAAUGGAACUUCUUCCAUCUUUAGUUUUAUGUAGCUAUUUAUUUUACUUCUUAUUUAUUGAACUGAUAAUUACGACUGAUCGUUCGGUCGGUCAUCUAGAAAAAAAAUAAUAAUUAAAAUCUUAAAGAAAAUAAUGUCAGGUUUAUUUUUACAAAAUCUGUAUGUUUGUAAUUGUAUUUUAAAUGUUAUAAAGAUUGAAUACACUGUAACUUGAAUUGUUGAA